AUGGGUGCAUUCGACUUUCUCCACACCGACGCCAACCUUGACGGUUGGCAUGGGCCCGUCACCAGCACCAUUGACUGGUGCGAGCUCAACUACACCACCUCCUACCUCAUUGCCGAGUUCAUCAACACUCUCACAAAUGUUCCCGUCAUCAUCAUGGGAUUGUAUGGCGCUUGGGCAACGAUAGCCGCCGGCACGCCACGGCAGUACGCGCUUGUGUUUAUCGGCCUGACUCUUAUCGGCAUCGGGAGCUUUGGCUUCCACUGCUCCCUCAAGUGGUCAUGGCAGCUAAUGGACGAGCUGCCGAUGAUCUAUGUCGUCUCAUACGCUGCAUAUCUCGUGAUUGACACGCUGCCAGGCUUCAAGCCUCGCUUCGGAAUAUGGGGACCGUUGCUUCUCAUCGCGUGGGACAUUUUUGUGACCGUGUCCUACGUCAUGCUCCCCAACCCCGUCUAUCACCAGGUCGCCUUUGCGCUCAUCAUGACGUCGUCGAUCCUGCGCUCGGCGCAACUCAUCUUCCGCCUUCCCGAAUCCCUGCGUGCCAAGUUGGGCCGCACGCUCGGCGGCGGCGUUGCCGUCUUCGUCCUCGGCUUCGCCAUCUGGAACGCAGACAAUUACUUCUGCGUCUACCUUCGCUCCACGCGCGCGUGGCUUACAGCUCACGGCCUCGGACCCCUCGGACACUUUACCGAGGGACACGGGUACUGGCACCUCAUGACUGGGUACGGUUCCUACCGCAUCUUCAUUGCGUGCACCCAGCUUUGCCUCGCCGUCAAGACAAGCCCGACAGAGUGGACAUAUGACGAAAAGCUCUGGUUUCCCGUCGUCCGUCGUGUCAAGCCAAUCGCGCGCAACGCAAAGCCUGUCGUCGAGUCCCAGUCCGAUACCGACGCGCCGGUGAACGAGAAGCGCAAGUCCAAGCCCGGUGAGACGACGCCAUAG